UUUUUUCGUCGAAUCGAAUACAAGCUCAUUCAGUUUUUGAUCUGUCCCGUUCUUUUUUUCCCCUCUCCUUUUCGAAAUAAUGAAUUUGCAAGAAGUCACUUCCGACGCUCAAGUGAUCGAUGCCAUUAACAAAAAGGAUGCCGUUACUGUGCUCAAUUUCUGGGCAACCUGGGCUCAACCUUGUUCACAAAUGAACGAAGUCUUCAAAGAGUUGGCCAAGAAAUUCCCAGCACUUCAAUUCCUACAGAUUGAGGCCGAAAACUUUCCUGAUACAUCUGAAAAUUUUGAAGUAGCUGCGGUACCUACCUUUGUCAUUGUCAAGGGUGACAAGGUGAUGGAAAGAAUUGAAGGUGCCAAAGCGGCGGAACUGACCAAUGCAGUGGCUAAGCAUGCAAAGGGUGUCUUGAGUUUCACCACCGCGUUGGACACCGCUAAACCUGUCAAGGAUUUGAACACUCGUCUCAAGCAACUGAUCAACAGUGCUCCCGUCAUGAUCUUUAUCAAAGGAACCCCACAACAACCUCGAUGUGGUUUCUCUCGCCAACUCGUCGAAAUGUUGGCCAAAGAAAAUGUCAAAUACAGCUCCUUCAAUAUUCUCGCCGAUGAAGAUGUCCGUCAAGGUCUCAAGGCAUAUUCUGACUGGCCUACUUUCCCUCAAUUGUACAUUAACGGUGAAUUGAUGGGUGGUUUGGAUAUCGUGAAGGAACUUAUCGCUUCGGGUGAAUUUGCGGAAAUGCUGCCCAAGGAAAAGGACUUGUCUGCGCGUCUUCAGGAUCUCACUGAGAAGCAACCUGUCAUGGUCUUCAUCAAAGGCACACCCCAGGAACCCCAGUGUGGAUUCUCAAAGCAAAUGAUCGCUCUCUUAAACGACCGUCACAUCAAGUACGGUUACUUCAAUAUCCUUUCCGAUGACGAAGUAAGGCAAGGUCUGAAGACUCACGUCAACUGGCCCACCUAUCCCAUGCUGUUUUACAAGGGCGAGUUACUCGGCGGUUUGGACAUUGUCAAAGAGAUGAUCGAAACGGGCGAAUUCGAUGAGGUGUUAACAGCGUAAACCGAGUUUUCCGACGGUUAUCUAUAUCUUUUUCUAUUUAUCACUUAUGAUGAACUAUACUUCCAGCCAAAAAUCGUGUCGCAGCUCAAUCAGCAUCGAUAUGCCCCUGGCCAUUUCAAAAACCGAUGUUGCUGUCAUUGUCCAUAUUUUAGAAACCACAUCGUUUUGCUUAGAAGUCAUGUCAUGAUGUUUUGGCACAAAACAAAUAUAAACAUUGAACAAAAAUUCAUGUAUUUACUUA